AUGGAGUUUUCGGAUGUAACCUGCAGAGUCGAAUGCCUUGAAUCGGUUGGUGAAACGUAUAUCGGGACACUGCUUAUUGGAAACGAUUUUCUCAACAUCACUGAUUGCCAUGAUGAGACAAAGAAUUUCGGCGUCCCCACAGCGGCUUUCUGUCUCGAGCCGAAUUCUGUACGUAAUUGGCGAGCGCUUCGUCUUAAGCCCGUGGAAACCGUUUUUGGACCGGAAGAUGCGGAGAUCAAACAAGUGUCAUUUCAACACGAGGAUCCCGACACAAUGCGAACGAUGCAAGUUGUAUUCGAGGGAUGUCACUUGGGUGGGGAGUUUAAGAGUUGGCUU